UGGAUGAAACUGACUGUAGUGGAUGAUUUUUGGUGAUCAAUUUAUAUACUUUUAUAUCUGCUGUAUCUAUAUGGGGUCUAUUAUAUGGCAUAGAACUGAAGCUUUUCUUUAAGCACGGCAUGCACGGAAAGCUUUUCUGGAAUCCUUGCCUUGACGUGAUUUCGGUAUUGUUGGUCCAUGCGAAAAAUAUUAGAAGCAAGUAUUACAAAGGUUUUUUAACAGGGAAGAAUGAUGCUAGUUAUCAAACUUGUAAGCCUACUGACAAUGAUUAUUCAAAUUCUUGGAAUUCCAAAUCAAGACUCGCAUUCCAUUUCAUAUGCCCUCGGGUCGGAUAUUACAGUGUGUUUGAGAACAGUGGAAUAUAGAAAUUGUAGUCAUCCUGCGAUGAAAUUGAAUUUUCAUCAAACAUACUCAAAGCACGAUGUAGGCACUUUACUCUACAGCAUUGGAAUUAAUCCUGAUAAACUGGUUAAGAGAAUUAAUACUACUAAGUUUGGAUUCAGGAAUGUAACAAACAGGCGAAAUACAACUCACAUUUGCCUACAUUUUAUUGAGAUGAACAUGUUUGCGAAUAGGCAGAAGUAUACAAUGGAUGAAAUUUGUGGAUUUGGGUAUUUACAUGAUGAGUUUAGACAUUGGAUAACCUUUUGGUUGGGAGGUUGCGAUGGAACAACAAAAAGUGAAAGAAUCACAGAAACAAAUUCAAAAUAUACGCAUGUUAUGCCAGGUAAUCAGGCAGUUGUCCAGUGGGCAUGGUGUGUUGCAGUGAACAGCACCAUUACAAACAUAUCCAUUUACAAAGUGACCCGUUUUAAGUCUCGAACUACAAAUCAUAUGGUAUUGUCAAUUGACGUAUUAGAGAAAGUAAAUUAUGCCAGAGACAACUCAAAGCAUGAACUGUUCAGCGUAAAGAAAAAGGCACGUUUUCAGGCAAGGGCAAUUUUUGUUAUUAACAACGUGAGCGAGGCGGAUGAUGGUGAAUAUAGUAUAAGGAUUCGAAGGAUUGGAUACCGUGAUCUCCAUAACGAAGUAAAAAUAUUUGUCAAUCCUCGAGAACCCGCUGCGCAAAAACCAGCAACCACAAUUACGAAUAACCCAGAACCAUCUGCGCACACGUUAGCAACGAUAAUUACGAAUACCCCAGCUAUUAAAGGAAGAAAAAGUGAAAGUUUCGCCACUUUACAUUGGCUUGAUCGUUGCAGGCGCAAUCAUCGUUUUUUUCGGACUCCUGAUCUGCUACAAAUGCAGGAGAGCACAUUGUCCAUUGCUAACACGGUGCCGUGCGAAUGUGUUCAGACAUCAAGCAGUGCUGAUUGA